AUGACUGAGUCGGUCACGCAAUCUAUCCAAGCCCUUUCAUUGCGGAAGACUGUCACUCACGCCGGAACGGGCGGCAAGAACCUCCACGAACUGUUCAAGAGUGACCCCGCUUCCCUCACAACACUACUACGCGACACCUGGGCCUCUGUCUGUGCACCCUCGCCUUCCGACUCUGACAACAUCUUGCUUGAGACUAUUGACUCCUUUGCCCAACUUGCAAAAGAUCUCUACAACGUUACCAACGACUGUGAAGAAGACCGAGCCGGAUUCGGUCUUGACGAUUGGUCUGCACUGCACGACGCGGGUCUCUUCGAUCUCAUACAGGACAUCCUCACGGACGAUCGCUUCUUCUCUGCAGAACAACGGGCGGUCCCCGCUGCCCAUAUGUUCCACACGUACUGCAUAUUGUCAUACCCCAAUGAUGAAUGGGGUCGACUUUACGGAUCUCGUGCACUUCGGCGCUCAGAAGCGCUCUGGACCACCUUCUGGCAUCAUCGGCGUCGCAUCGCAGAAUGGCCCCUGGAUGAUUAUAUCCAGAAAACUGGCAACCACCCGGUUGUACAAAUUCUCGUGACACAUUCCAUACUACGUAGUGUUGCUGAGAAAUCGGUUCCACGAAGCUCGUGCAUGAACUAUUACGCUUUGCACGCCUGGGCAACUGCUUCAUUCCCAACUCAAGACUUCAAACAUAUCUUCUUCUGUGCGAUCGGGCAAGAUCCCUGGAAUGACAAAUCUCUCUUCAUCCGCGAAGGUGUCAUCGACGGCGUCGGUAUUGAUCCAUGUAUGACCCGCCUAGCUGCUGUACUUCGCGGAGAGGAGCCAUGGCGCUGGACUAGCUUGAAUGACCUUCGAUGCGCUAUGACUUUAUUCUCUGGUCUGACACACGAUGAUUCCGAAAGCACACCAGAAACUUCUAGGAUGGUCGUCUCUGCAGGGCAACAUGGCAUACCGCAUCUCGUCGUGUCUAUCGUGAAGAAACAUGCGCUCGCACAUGGACUCAGCGCCAAUCCGGCAUUCUACAAUGGCGCUUUUACCCUCCUCUCGAUGUCUAUCCGGCACGACUACCUUUCCCGACAUUCAGCCGAAGCCGAUGGCGCCCUGGUGAUUUCAGGCGAAGACGUUGCGAUAAUCUUAUCAUGUGCCAUUGAACUACUGGCUCUACAUGGCGCAGAGUCAGAGCCGAGCGAUGGCACGCGAAAAGCGAUGAUCUCGGUCGUGAACUUCCUAUCUCCUGUGCUACAGUCGUACUACAAAUGGAUCAAGGAGAUCAAGAGCUCCGCACCUGACUCUGUUUCCCCUCUUGAAUCUGAGCUACUUGCUGGUCUAAAGCGCGGCGCGGCGGAUCACUGGUGGCCAAGUCUUCGAAGGCUCGACCUCGCAAAGCAUCAAUGUGAAGGGCGCAACGAGCAUAUCGUCCAGUUCAGCAUGUUGUGGAAGGGUUUCGGCGCUUUACUCGGAUGCGAUGCUAAGCAAGAAAGACAGCGUGACGCGCAACAGGCUGCUGGCCGUUGUGCACGACUAGCGUGCGAAUAUAAUAGAAAGCCUUCAGAGACACAGCUGCUGCGAUGCAAAGGCUGCGGCGUUUACUACUGCAGUCGCGAUUGCCAAGUAGCGGACUGGAAGAGCGGACACAAGAGGGAGUGCCGAAGACUAGACAGUGACCACAGUGCUAGCCGAGCUUCUGAUGGCUAG